AUGUCUUUCCGAGACGAGAUUGAAGCGCUAUCCCAGAAGUCGAGCGAGUAUUACGCUUAUCCCAGGCCUGACCUGAACAGCCUAAGUCAGUACCUAAAGUCUUUGUCCAUCUACAAUCCAGGCUGUGGGCUGCCAGAGACUCGCUCGACCCUAUCAGAAACAGACCGCACGUCCUCUUUCGCCGUUGUUCACGACAUAGCCACGGGCAGAUGCCAGCCUUUUAGCUCAUCCUCAACAGGGUUGACUGACUUCGUUGGUCGUGGUAUGGAUGAUCAUGGACCCUCAGUGCUCUUCUUGCGUGGCCACGGCUCCCCCGAAUGGCUAGAAACGAUAGGGGAGAAGUACAGAGUCAGCCCAGAGCUGUACCGGCGGCACUUGCGGUAUCUUGAAUUCUCUCACAACAGCGGGCGGAAUCUGCACUCGUGGCCAUCACUGCCGUCGUCGUCUGCCCGCGUGUUCCAGCUGACGAUUCCGACGAUCUGCACCAGAAACGUGAGCGAGUCAGAUUACGAGCCUGAAGAUCUCCAGUCAGCGCGUCAGUCGAUGGAGGAGGCAAUGGGCCAGUAUUUCAGACAACUUCGUGCGAAAGCCACGGUUGCCGAGUCCGUGGUGCGAAAAUGUCUUUUGCUCAGCAAACAAUACUAUGUCGUGGAACAGACAAUCUCAAUCGAAGUUGGCCCGCCGGGUGAACACUGGCGUGCUAUAGUGUGGCUCGACACCGGGAAGGACCUAUCUCAGAGCACACAGCAUGGAGAACCGUGGAAGCCUUUUGCAGGCACCAAAGCCUGGGAGACAUAUUUCUUCCCGGUGAUUGUAAACCUUGCAUCAGACCCAUCUACGAACCGCCCAAGUGACCCUACGCCAUAUCCCAGCCAGAACAGUGUCCACGACCAUACCAGGUUGCAGGCUCAUCCCAAGGACAGAAACGCAGAAGAGUGGAAAGCGGCACAGAACAUAGCUUUACUGCCAUUUCAAUACGGAUCACGCCUCGACAAGAGCCUUGCACGACAGGAUACACUGUAUGCUCUCGGUGAAGUCUUCCAGUUCUCCGCCUCUGCUGAGGUUCAGUUAUUGAACCUCCUGCAGAGCCGCAUUGAGCAUGAACUAUCGUUCGUGGGAACGCAAGGGGGCAAUGAUGAAUACCGUCCGAUAUCGCUGUUGAACCUCAAAUACAUCAAGACGCAACUAGCAGCACACGUUCAGAACUUGAAUGAAACUGUUGACCUGCUCCAGAACCGCAAUCACCUUGAUUGGCCACACAUCAAAGGCUCCAGGGAAGAAUCAGAUACCGUGGAAAGGUCCGCCAACAUGCUUCUUGCCGACUUCAAAUAUCUCUUGAAACGGGCCGACAGCCUGGCAAAUCAGUGCGAUCAGGGUAUGACAACUUUGGUCAACAGCUCCAUGAUAGACGAGUCAAGGCGCUCAGCACACUUGGCUAUGAAGGUGCAGAGGCUCACAGUCAUAGCCACCAUCUUCAUUCCGCUAUCUUUCGUCUGCUCCGUCUGGGGGAUGAAUCUUGAAGUGUUGGGGUCGGGAUCCCAGCCCUUUUGGAAGUGUGUCGUAUCAGCAGUGCCUAUAAUUUUGAUCGCUUUGGUGAUCUACUACUCGGACAAAGACGGGAGUUAUUUCGCAGAUGAUCUAGCCAUGCUGCCUAUGGCCUCUCACCUCACAUUUCUUGAGUUUGACAGCAACUCACACAUUGUCACCAAGUCUGGAUCCGUCAGCAUGCCUGCGCAAGCCACCAACGCGCCUAAAAUCCAGCCAUGGAAGGCGAUGAAGUCCCGGGAGGAAGAUCCCAUCCCAGAUUUGAAGAAGGGAAGAGACGACGACGAUGAUGAAGACCACACCGCGCAGGGUGCCUCUGUCACUAAGCCGAUGGAUCGAGACACGGCCUCGAAGAAGUUGUCGAAGAGCAAAGCCAAGUCGGACCAGUCGACCAAUUGA